GCGCGGAGCAUCAGAGGCUGAUCCUCCUCCUCCGUGUGUGGAGGGCGUGCGGUCCGCUGUCACACAUCCACUAAACGCCGCUCCGCUUCUUCUUCUUCUUCUUCUUCUUGUGUUUCCAGCUCUCAGCGGGAUCAGAAAAAAAAGCGCUCCAGCUCAGACCCCAACAUGGGUUAGAGACACAGCGAGCCAUGGAUUACCCACUUUGUGCACUUCGGCGAGGAGGAUGAUGAUGAUGAUGAUGAUGAUGGGGGGGAAUCGGACUUGUUUUCGCAGAGACACACUGACAAAGACCGGGGACUGAGAGGGACUAGAGAUCCAGGAUCCGCCGCUGCCUCUCUCUCUGUCUCGCUUUGUCGUCUUAUUAUUUUUCCUCUUUUUUGUUUUUGUUUUAUUUUUUUAUUUAUUUUCACAUUUCCCCGCGUGUGAGCGAGACAGAGAAAUGUUUGCAGAAUUGCUGUGCAGCGCCGUGGCUCUGGUCCUGUAUGUCAACACUCUGGGCGCCGAUUUCUGCUACGAUGACAGCCGUGCAAUCAAGACCAACCAGGACCUGCUCCCAGAGACCCCCUGGACUAAUAUCUUCUAUGAUGACUUCUGGGGCACCUUACUCACACACAGUGGAAGUCACAAGUCUUACCGGCCUCUCUGCACCCUCUCCUUCCGCCUGAACCAUGCGCUGGGGGGUCUGGAGCCGUGGGGUUACCACCUGGUGAACGUAGCCAUCCACGGGGCGGUGACAGGCCUGUUCACCUCUCUGGCUCGCCUGCUGCUGGGAGGAGGCCCGUGGAGCCUGCUGGCCGGCCUGCUCUUCGCCUCUCACCCCAUCCACACAGAGGCGGUGGCGGGCGUCGUGGGCCGGGCCGACGAAGGCGCCGCCCUCUUCUUCUUGCUGUCCCUGCUCUGCUACAUCCGUCACUGUAAGCUGCGGGGCCACGCCAGGCCCUGGAGGCUGGUGGUCUGGUUCCUGGGCAGCCUGGGCUGUGCCGCCUGCAGCAUGCUGUGGAAGGAGCUCGGAGUCACCGUCCUGGCGAUAUCAGCGCUGUAUGACAUCUGCGUUUUCCACGGACUCAAACUGAGACAGGUCGUCAUGCUUCUCUACAAGAGAAAGAACCUCCACCUGCUGCUGAACGUGUUUUUGCUGGCAGCCUGGGGCGCCGUCCUGCUGGCCGGACGUUUCUACUGGAUGGGAAACAAACCCCCGAACUUCUCCAACUCCGACAACCCAGCAGCCGACUCUCCCUCUCUCCUCACCAGGACGCUGACAUUUUUCCACCUGCCCGCCGUCAACUUCUGGCUUCUCCUUUGCCCAGAUAUGCUCAGCUUUGAUUGGUCGAUGGACGCCCUGCCUCUGAUCAGGAGACUUGCUGACUGGAGGAACUUACAUACAGCUGCCUUUUACCUCGGAUUGUUCUUGUUGGCGUGGUUCAGUCUGAGGACGCCUCACACAGCUAAAGGGAAGGAAACCAAUGGCAAAGCUCACCAUUACACCAACGGCAGAAACGGGAACAGUAACGGACACACUUACCAGUACAACAACCAUGAACAUUUGAACAACUCCCACACAGACACUCACAACAAUAGUGCACAAAAUGGUACCAAAAAGCACUAUGAGAGCAGGACUUCACUGCCCACCACUGAAAAUGUGGUGGUGUUCUCUCUGGGUCUGCUGGCCAUCCCUUUCCUCCCUGCCACAAACCUGUUUUUCUAUGUGGGCUUUGUAAUAGCAGAGAGAGUACUGUACAUCCCCAGCAUGGGCUUCUGCCUGCUGGUCGCCGUGGGGAUGAGGUGGUUGUACAUCCGUCUGAGACGCAGGUCCUUCAGGACGAUGUUGGUGUACUGCAGCGCUGCUCUGGUGCUUCUCUUUGGGGUCAAAACGGUCCUGAGGAACCGGGACUGGCGGAAUGAGGAGAUGCUGUACAAGUCAGGGAUUUAUGUCAAUCCUGCUAAAGCAUGGGGCAACCUCGGAAAUGUCUUGAAGAGCCAGGGCAGCAUGGAGGAGGCCGAACAGGCGUACAGAAACGCCCUCUACUACCGCAGCAACAUGGCCGACAUGCUGUAUAACCUCGGUUUGCUGCUACAGGAGAGCAACAAGUUCUCAGAAGCACUCCACUAUUAUAAGCUGGCCAUUGGGAGCCGGCCAACUCUGGCUUCGGCCUACUUGAACACAGGCAUCAUCCUAAUGAAUCAGGGUCGCCUUGAUGAAGCUAAGCGCACCUUCCUGACCUGUGCUGAUAUCCCGGAUGAGAAUCUGAAGGACCCCCACGCACACAAGAGCUCCGUCACCAGCUGCCUGUACAACCUGGGCAAACUGUUCCACGAGCAGGGACACCAGGAGGAGGCCCUCACAGUGUUUAAAGAAGCAAUACAGAAAAUGCCAAGACAAUUUGCACCACAGAGCCUCUACAACAUGAUGGGAGAGGCCUACAUCAGACUGAGCAAGCUGCCUGAAGCUGAACACUGGUACAGAGAGUCUCUGAGAGCCAAGCCGGACCACAUCCCUGCACACCUGACCUACGGAAAGCUGCUGGCUAUGACGGGCCAGAAAGCAGAAGCAGAGAGGUACUUCCUGAAGGCCAUCCAACUGGAUCCCACUAAAGGCAACUGUUACAUGCAUUAUGGUCAGUUUUUGUUGGAAGAGUCGCGGCUGCUGGAAGCUGCAGAGAUGGCAGAGAAAGCCGCACGCCUCGACAGCGGGGAGUUUGACGUGGUGUUCAGUGCAGCACACAUGCUCAGACAAGCCAGCCUAAACGAGGCCGCCGAGAAGUAUUACGGACACGCAGCCAGCCUGAGACCUAAUUAUCCGGCAGCCUUGAUGAACCUGGGAGCGAUCCUCCACCUCAACGGGAAGCUGCAAGAAGCCGAAGCCAAUUACCUCCGAGCGCUGCAGCUGAAACCCGAUGACUCCAUCACCCAGUCCAACCUGCGGAAGCUGUGGAACAUCAUGGAGAAACAGGGCCUGAGGACCACCAGCCCCUGAGCUCGGCUCGCCCGCCUACCUGCCAUCUGCACGCCAGAUCUGGGGGAAAACAAGACGGCCAGCACACUCCUCAUUCUGUCCUCUCAUGAAGGGGGGACUCUGGGAGGAUGUUUGCUCAGAGGGGACAGGACUGAGUGCUGAAGUCCUCCUUAGAACUCCUGAGCUCUGCACACUCCUCAGGCCAGCAGCUCACAGUUUGGCAAGGCGCUGCUCGGACUCUUUAGAAACUCAGAAUUAGUCCUCUCACAGGAAACACUUUUUAUUUGAUAACUAGAGCACUUAAACUGGAAGUGAGAAAGGUACAUCCCUCAACAUUUGUGAUAAAUUAGGUGUUUUAAAACAAGCAUGUGUAGCUCCAAAGGGAGGAGUUUCCCCCUCAGCAGUGAGAGAUAAAACAUAAAAGAGAAUCUCUAAAGGCUACACUAAAAGUAUUUCAAUAAAGUUUGGGUUCGAUCAGAUGUUCAAACUUGAUAAUCAAGAGAAAUUAGGAAAAUAGUGACAAUUGGAAACCAUCCAAAAGCUCCAAAUGAAUUAUGUUAAUUAAGUUUAAUCACAUCCUCACUUUGUUUUGCAAAUGAGAUUUCAGGGCACUUGAAAAUGAAGACAAUUAGCAGCAUCAUUGAAAGCUUUGUGUAGCAGGAGUUUUGAUAUUUGGUGUCAAAAAAAAGGGAAAUUUAAUUGGAAGCCAUCGCAGAACAACAACAGCCUCUCAAAGGUCGACAAUGGCUGGAUGUUUAAACGCAGAAGAAGAAAAUAAGACCCCUCCUCACAGGGUGAUGCCUUAUUUACAAAAACAUUUAAAAAAAGGUGUGAAUCUUCUCAAGCAGAGAACUGAAGUAUACAUGUGGCAUUUUUUACCACCACUUGCCAUUUCUGCUCUGCACUGGGGAAAAAAGCCAAGUCACCAUGGUAACAUAAGAAGCUAUAAAUGGAAAUAUUAAGCUAUCUCUUGGUGGGAGUGCCACAGAACAAAGAGGCAGGUAUGCUAAAGCCUUGUUUCCUCUAAGCGUUCUGGUUCAGUACGGUACACAUUUAUUAAGAGUUGGGAAGGGUACCAAAACUACUUUUUAGGUACCCGUCUGUUGGGGUGCCAAGCGUGCCGAUCCGACCCUAAAGGGUGGAGCUAGACAAACUGCAGUCCCUUGAUUGGUCAAAAGAAUCCUCAAUUCCUGUUCAACAGCGGUAAUAAAGGACAGACACAAAACACACAAUGUUUAAAUAUCUUGUGGAUUUUAAGAGAGAAAUGUCAAGGCCAUGGACGACCUUGGAGAUUCUGGCCAUUCUAGGAAUCAUUGAUCUUUGAUUACUGUGUCACAUUCUUCUUCUUUGCUGGAUUUAUUGGCCGUCUACACUCAUAUGUAGCGCCGCUGUGAAAUCGCAAGAUCAUGGUUUGUACCAAACUGUACUGAACCAAACCGGACCGCUUUGUGGAAACGGGUUUUCAGAUUCACUACCCUCUUCUUCCUUGCGCUCCAGACGAGCGUGCAGCGAGAUGAUGAAGGAGAUAAAACCAAAUACAGACGCUAUGCCUACGCCACACUUUAUCUGUCACCACAGAGCAAUGCAAAGACAUGAGGGAAAUGUUGUAACACCUAUGUGUUCGUUUAAACUAAUAUCAGCGUGUUUGUACAGAAUGAAUCCUAAUAUAUACUUACAGUGUGUAUAGUAUACAGAAAAUCAUGCAGCAAAAAAGUAGCCCGACUAAAAGUGGAAGCUCAGAUAUUGAGCAGGUUUAGUCCGUCAGGUGAGGGGUUCCUCCGGCAGUCUUAAGGGUCUCCUUUGUUUUGUAUAUAUUCUGUGUUCUUAACAUCUCUUGGUUUAGCAUUGUCAGCAUACAGGACGUGAAACAGCACCUUCCAUGGAGUAAGACCAUGUACAUUAUUUGUGAUUUUUCUUUUUUUUUCUUUUUUUGUUAUCGGCCACAAACCUCCUGAAAUAUUUGUGUCCUUACUUUUGAAGAACAUUGUAAGUUAUUGCUUUGUGUUACGAGAGCAACAGAACCAGCUGGCACUGUGUUUUUAAGUGUUACAUGAAGGUCGUGAGUGGAUAAGAUGUUUAAAUACAGUCGAGUCGGCCAUUAUAGUUAACACAGAGUAGAUCAAUGACGUCAGUGGUGGAUCAAAUUUAAAUAUAUAUGCGUCACUUGUUAGGGCGGAGAUAUACUUGCUGUUUAACCUACACAACCGGCUGCGUCAUAAACGUAAUUGUAUAUAUACUUGACCGUGAGCAACAUGCAUUACUGGAUGAAACCUCUAGAGGGCACGCCAGAGAGCUCACAUCUACUUGUUGUGUUGGAUGAAUGAAACAAACAUGCGGACACUAAGCGACAAACUCCAGUUUUUAAAAGAUGAAGCCAAUGCUGAAGUGCAAAAUCCUGCAGUUCCUCGAGUGUCCACUAGAGGCUGGCUGCAGAAGCCUCAGAAGUCACAUACACAUCCAUUCAAAAAAGCCUGUUUUCACAGUGGAAAUUCACAUGUUUACAGCCUGGUUAAAAAAAAAAAAAAGGUCUGAUUAGCACAUUUUUCUCUGCACACACUGUACUGGGAAUGAUUUGUUUUAACCUAAUCCUCGUGGAUUUUUGAGGAUUGACAGUGACGCAUAAUUAGGUACGUGGCUGACCUGACUGAAGGGUGGGCACUGUGAAGCUGUUUGUCAGGAGGCUUCAGGCCCACCUCAGCUCCAGCUCAUCGCCUGGUGUUAUGGCUGAAUGUAAGGGUAAGACGGCAUUUCCAGCAUGGUGACAGCCAUUGACGGGCUUCCAAAGAUAGUUGACAUCACUCAGGAUUCGUCCGUUAAUUUUUAGGGUCUGUGGCAGACACUCAAGGGAGGUUACUAUUAUGUUAAUUCUGAGAACAGAACUAACAUGAAUAGUAACAUCUGAUCAGAUGGACAGAACACACCAUCAGCAUCAUCGCCCCCUCUCUCAGUCUCACCAACACUUUCCACCAUGCGCGGAUGUAAUAGCCCCGGUGUUUCGGUUUAAAUUGUGACCCUGCUGCCUGGUGAAAUUAAGCAGAAUGCGCCCGUUGAUAUCGUAGUUACAGACGCUGUUGAAGGCAGAGAGAGUUGCCAGAAGCUGACGCCGAGGUGUAGUACUGACAUCGAACAUCUUAGCGUUAUAUGUCUGUACUUAAAUGUGGAUCAGCAGAGUAGAUCUCCUUUAUCUGACAUCCUCUCUGCCUCUACACUGCCCCCUACUGUUCAUGUGCAUACUGCAGCUCAUGUUUAUUUUUUCGAGGACGUGUUAAAAGCAAGUAUAUCUCUCCGGCCUCUCAGUCACAUCGGUGUUAACACUGUUUCUGUGUUGUAAUGUGGUGGUCACCAGUGAUGUGUUCACAAGAAAAUCACAGCUCACACUCGUUUCCUGUCCCACACGUCACCGUCCACACACUCACAGCGCCUCCUAGUGUCUCCUGUGUAUAUAAAGUGUUUCUGAACAAACACUGAGAACCGUUAUUGCUUGAGUGAAGAUGUAAAAAUAAAAAAGAAGUGUUUCACUCUGUGUCUCUGCUCAGGGAUCUUCAGCAGUGGGUUGUUGCAGAAACUUGUCCACAGAGCGUUUACUAAAUUAAAGAUUUAUUUUUGAAAGUUGUUGUAUUUGUAUAAAUUAUGGAGAUUUGUAGCCUUUUUCUCCUGUUUUUUGUAAUAUACAGAAGAACAAUGUGCCAGGAUAGACUUUUUUUCUUCCCGAUGUUGCUUUUUUUUCCACAAUAAAUUUAUGGUGUUCUGCUUUUA